AUGAUUCAACAAGAAGACAAUCAAGAAGUUCCUUUAAUUCAAGAGAAUGGAGCUUCCUUAAAGAAGAUCUAUUUGAUUCGUCAUGGACAAUCUACUUUCAAUGCCGCCUACCACGCCAACGGCCAGAAGGAUCCAUAUUUAUUCGAUGCGCGUCUGACAGAGUUGGGUGAGCAACAAGCCAAUGGAUUGGCCAAAAUCGUCGACGAAUCUCUAACCGAUAUAGAAUUGAUCGUUUCAUCACCAUUGUCAAGAGCACUCGACACUACAAGAAGAGGAUUUUCAAAUUUAAUUUCACAAAAAAAUAUAAAAACAGUGGUUAUUCCAUAUCACGCAGAAACUGUAAAGACAAGUGAUGACAACGGUCGUCCAAAGUCGAUGGUGCAGAAAGAGUUCCUCGACUUUGACUUGUCGCACAUCGAAGAGAGAUGGUGGUACUUACCAACAGAGAUAAAGAGCGAUUUCACAAUUGAUACAGAAGAAUAUUUUAAGACUAUUGGAUAUCAAGAGCCACAAGAAUCUAUUUUAAAGAGAAUAGCAAUAUUUAAAGAAUGGUUGUUACAAAGAGAAGAGAACUGUAUUGCAGUUGUAGGUCACUCUGAUUACUUUUAUAAUCUUUUCGACGGAAAGUUACCAAACUUUAAGAACUGCCAGGUAUUGGAAUGGCAUAUCAACACUAACCAAACUAAAUUCUUAACUUCUUAA